CCACUUUCUAAAUAGAAUACCAGUAGCACAGACACUGAGAGAAACAAUCAAUCAAUGGGACCUCUUGAAACUGAGAAGCUUUUGUAGGGCAAAGGAUACGGUCAACAAAGCAAAGCGACAGCCUACAGAAUGGGAAAAGAUCUUCACCAAUCCCACAUCUGACAGAGGACUGAUAUCCAGAAUAUAUAAGGAACUCAAGAAAUUAGACAUCAAAAUGCCCAACAGUCCAAUUAAGAAAUGGGCUAUAGAACUAAACAGAGAAUUCUCAACAGAGGAAACUCAAAUGGCUGAAAGACAUUUAAGGAAUUGCUCAACAUCCCUAAUCAUCAGGGAAAUGCAAAUCAAAACAACUCUGAGAUACCACCUUACGCCUGUCAGAAUGGCUAAGAUCAAAAACACUGAAGACACCUUAUGCUGGAGAGGAUGUGGAGCUAGGGGAACUCUCCUCCACUGCUGGUGGGAAUGCAAGCUUGUACAACCACUUUGGAAAUCAAUAUGGCGCUUUCUUAGAAAAUUGGGAAUCCAUCUCCCCCAAGAUCCAGCUAUACCACUCUUGGGCAUAUACCCAAGGAAUGCUCAACCACACCACAAGAGCACUUGUUCAGCUAUGUUCAUAUCAGCGUUGUUUGUAAUAGCCAGAACAUGGAAACAACCUAGAUGCCCUUCAACUGAAGAAUGGAUAAACAAAAUGUGGUACAUAUACACAAUGGAAUACUACUCAGCAGAGAAAAACAAUGACAUCAUGAGGUUUGCAGACAAAUGGAUGGAUCUAGAAAAAAUCAUCCUGAGUGAGGUAUCCCAGACUCAGAAAGACAAACAUGGUAUGUACUCACUCAUAACAGGAUACUAGAUGUGGAACAAGGAUGACUAGACUGCUACUCACAUCACCAGGCAGGCUACCUGGAAAACAGGACCCCAAGAAAGACACAGGGAUCGCCCAACGACAGAGAAAUGGAAUGAGAUCUACAUGAACAGCCUGGACAGGAGUGGGGGUAUGGUCAUCUUGUCUCUGACUAUUAUUGGAUUUCUGGGGAAUUCCUUGCUUCUCUACCACUAUCUGUUUCUUUACCUAGCAAGGUACAGGUUAAGGUCUACAGACUGGGUUCUGAUGCACCUGAUUGUAGCCAACAUCUUAACUGUCCUAUUUAAAGGAGUGCCACACACAAUGGCAGCUUUUGGAUUGACAGAUUUCCUCAAUGAUACUGGAUGCAAAUUGGUUUUCUCUUUUCACAGAAUAAGUAGGGGUGUUUGUAUUGGCAGUACCUGCUUCCUCAGUGUCUUUCAGGCCAUCAUUAUCAGCCCCAGGGAUUACAAGUAUUCAGAGCUUAAAAUAAAUUCACACAAGUACAUCCGUUACUCUAUGUACCUGAACUGGGCAAUUCAUCUCCUUAUAAGCACUGUCAAUCUUGUGCACAUGAGGGCAAAAUAUGGAAAUGAUAGCACAUUAAAUCUGAAAUCCUAUUUAUACUGCUAUUCUGUCCGUCAUGACCCAACCAGUGACUUCCUGUAUGCAGCAUUGCUGUCAGCUCCUGAUAUUCUUUUUCUGGGACUCAUGCUAUGGGCCAGUGUCUCAAUGGUCAUCACACUGUACAAGCACAAGCAAAGGAUGCAGCAAAUGCCCAGGGCCAACAUCUCCUCCAGAUCCUCCCCUGAGACCAGAGCCUCUAAAACCAUCCUUCUUCUGGUCAGUACCUUUGUCUCCUUUUACACAAUCUCUUCUGCCUGUCAAUUCCUUGUGACUCUUGUGUAUAAUCCCAGAUUGUCUCUGGUGCAUGUGACUGCAACAGCCUCUCUAUUUUUCCCCACUGUUUGUCCUUUUCUCCUCAUGAGCCGUGACUCCUCCAUAUCCAGCUACUGCCUGCCCUUGAAAAUGAACAGACAUUUCCCCAAAGUCUCUGACCAAGAGUUAAAUUGA